AUGAAGCUGAACCUUAACCAACAUGUGUUGGCGAUACUGAGCAAAAGCAAUAACCUGAAUCAUCUGAAGCAACUCCAAGCGUUCCUUAUCACCCUCGGUCACUCACAGACCCAAUUCUAUGCCUUCAAGCUCGUUCGCUUCUGUGCUCUUUCUCUCUCAAACCUUCACUAUGCUCGCCUCAUAUUCGAUCACCUUCACUCCCCCAACAUCUACCUCUACACCGCCAUGAUCACCGCCUAUGCCUCUCGCCCCCAAGGCCACGGUGACGCCUUUUUCUUGUACCGCAACAUGCUCUGCAUUCCCACCCCGCGACCCAACCAGUUCAUUUACCCCCAUGUACUCAAGUGUUGUACCGAAUCGUGUGGAACCGAUUUGGUGCAUGCCCAGAUCCUGAAAUCGGGUUUUGAUGAAUACCCAGUUGUGCAAACGGCGCUCGUGGACUCUUACUCGAGGGUUUUGGGUGGUGUGGGGAAUGCUAGGAAGGUGUUUGAUGAAAUGCUUGAGAGAAAUGUUGUGUCUUUUACGGCAAUGGUUUCUGGGUAUGGGAGAAUGGGGGAUGUUGAUAAUGCUUUGAAGUUGUUUGAUGAAAUGCCUGAGAGAGAUGUGCCGUCUUGGAAUGCUCUCAUUGCUGGGUGCACUCAGAAUGGGUUUUUCUCUGAGGGGAUUAAGUUGUUCAGAGAGAUGGUUGUUCUUGCCGUGGAGAAACAUUGUCCAUGUAACAAGCCGAACCAGGUUACUGUGGUUUGUGCACUUUCAGCAUGUGGACACACGGGUAUGCUUCAGCUUGGGAAAUGGAUACAUGGUUAUGUUUACAAAAAUGGUUUUGUUCUUGACUCGUUUAUCUCAAAUGCUCUUGUGGAUAUGUAUGGGAAGUGCGGAAACCUUGAACAGGCAAGGAAGGUUUUUGAGAUGAAUCCUGACAAGGGCCUGACUUCGUGGAAUUCGAUGAUUAACUCUUUUGCACUACAUGGGCAAAGUGAUUGUGCAAUUGCCAUUUUUGAGCAAAUGAUGGAGCAUGGCGAUGAUAUAAGACCAGAUGAAGUCACCUUCAUUGGUUUGUUAAAUGCUUGUACUCAUGGUGGGUUAGUUGAACAAGGUUAUCACUAUUUUGAGAUGAUGUCUGAGGAAUAUGGGAUAGAGCCUCGGAUUGACCACUAUGGCUGUUUGAUAGACCUUCUUGGUCGAGCAGGUCGAUUUGAUGAGGCAAUGGAAGUUGUCAGGGGUAUGAGUAUGGAACCCGAUGAGGUGGUAUGGGGUUCUUUGCUUAAUGGAUGUAAGGUUUAUGGACGUACAGAUUUGGCUGAAUUUGCAGCUAAGAAACUAAUUGAAAUAGAUCCCCAUAAUGGUGGUUAUGCUAUAAUGUUGGCUAAUAUAUAUGGGGAGUUAGGAAAGUGGGAUGAAGUCCGGAAUAUAUGGAGGAUAUUAAAGCAGCAAAAGUCUUAUAAAAUACCAGGUUGUAGCUGGAUUGAGGUUGAUGACCAGGUUCAUCAGUUCUAUUCUCUUGAUAAAUCUAAUCCAAAAGCAGAAGAGAUGUACAAUGUCUUAGAAAGUCUUAUUGGUUUUAGAAAGGAAGUCAUGGUCGAUCUGUAGUCCUUAAUGCAUAAUCUCAGUGCCAAUGCUGAGCUUGUUACUGAUUCCUGGCAUGUACAGCCUUAUGGCCAAGGAUUUCUUUGGGGAUGCCAAAUCGUUUGGUAUAAUUAUUCUCUAUUUUAUUUCAGUUUUGGAGAUUUAUCAAGAAAAGAGAACUGGAAGAAAAGAAAGGACUUCAGUUGGUUUUGGCUCUCUGUGAUUAAGUUAAUGCAGAGCAAGAUAGUUUACUUUCUGUUUAAAGGCCUUUACAGAUUAAACAAAGUUUAUAGAGAAAAAUGAAAAACCGAAACCGCGGGUCCAAUUUUUCUUGCGAAAGGACAUUUCAACAUUAAUUAUGUCUUGAUGUUGUUGGACUGGUAGAAAGAAUUCCAACGAAAGCCCGUGUCUUGGAUAUGUUUUAUUCAUUUUGGUGUGAUCACAAAGAAAAUUGGGUUUGAUGUAUUUUAAUGGUCUUGGAGGAUAGAAAAACGAUUGGGAUUGCUAACUUUUUCAAGAUUUGUUAGCUCAGUUACUGUAUCAUAUCAACAUGCUUUCUGAUUCUUGUCCAGUUCCACCACUGUUUUUUCUUAGUUUGGUAUUGGACAGCUUUUGGCAAAGUAACAGCACAUGAACACUCACUCACACCCUUUUGUAUUUGAUUCUCUGGCAGAUGAAUUUCAAGGAUGCUCGACCAAUAAGAUUAUUUGUCGGCUGAAAGUUCACCUUUUAUUUUUCUGUUUUGUAUAUGUAUUUACUCUCAUAUAAGCAUACGUUGCUUCACCUACAUACUACAUAAGGUUUCAUUAUUCAGCUA